AUGCAGGCAAAUAAUUCAGCUGCCUCUGCGCCCGAUGGUCGCGACGCCGUGAAGCCUUCGGAUGGCGUCAGGGGAACUCCCGCCGCCAACGUCAAUAGCUCUGAUCGCCAGAUACCACAUGGUCAUCAGAGGUUUAUCUUCACCGAUCCGGUCGCCCUCCGAUACCUCGAAGAGGAUCCCUCCACCGAUGUCCUCCACCGUCGAUCGAUCCUUCAAGGCUACGAGAUCUACAUCGUUGAACAGUGGGCGUGCUCGCGCAUCCAUCCUACAUUCAUCAUCUCGACAUACACAGGUGACCCGUCACACAAAGUAAUUGUGGGCGUGCUGAGCGUGCCGACGGACGAGACAACGUGGUCGCCUCGGUUGCGAAUGUACUUUGAUGCAGUGAAACAAUACCAUGCUCGGAAGAAAGAGACCUCCCUAGGAACUGUGUUGGUCACAGACCUGGGCUCGUUCCCUUCUGCUUUGACAGUCAUUCCUGUCCCAGACGGCGACCUCAAGAAACACAGGGAGGAUUUCUUUGUGAACGAGAACCUGAAACGGCUCGGCUGUGCUGGUCGCGCGAGCUUGAAACUGCAGCCCCCCUCAGCGGCAACUGAGGCCAAGUUCCAUCAGCUGUAUCGGACGAGCGAGAGAGUGCCGCUCUACAAUGCGGUCAUUGAGCUGGUCAAGCAGUGCCAAAUUGCCUUGAUGAUAUUUGACAAACUGGCCCCCGAAUUCGUGGACGGCAUGCUGUGCGAUGUGACCGAGGCGGCCAUCAGUGACUGGUGGACAGACAUUGGCACCGAUCUAUACAACGUCGAACCAAGCGAUGGUAUCUUGGGACCUACAAGCGUGGCUGCUCUUCUGGGCACGCUUUUGGGUGCUCGAAAUCGACUGAAUGCCUAUGGAGCUCCUGUGGGGAAAGACGCCUUUGACAUCGAUAAUUUGAAGAGAGGGAUUGGCGGGUUCCAGAAAUCCCAGAAGAUGAACAAGUCACGAAGACUUGACCGGCGAACGCUGGAACGUUUACACCGCGCUACAUCCAAGGCUGCGAAUGCUGAGGGCUGGACUGAUGCCGUCAAGUCAACUAUGGCGGAGCUUAGUGGCCAAGGAGGUGAGAUGGUCAUGGGCAUGGUCCGUGGACGAGAGAAGGGUGGCAUUGCCGACAUUGAGACCCUCGAUCUCGAUGUCUUUGUUCAGUGCUGUUAUGGAUCAAGGGCCAAAUGGCUGUGGCUUGGGAAACCGCGCAAGAGUGGUCCCACUCCCGGGUUCGCCGGUAAGGAAGCGGAUAUGAUGUUUACAACCAAUGAUCAAGGUGGUUAUGUCUGGACGAGUAAGAAGAAGCCUUCGACCGAAGACUUACAUGCCGAGCGUGUCGCCACUGGCCUUGACAAACAAUGGAAGGCCCCCGAAUCAUUGGUCGCCGAGGAGAGAGAUCACCGCAAAAAGGGCGUUAGCGGAAGAGUCUCUGAUGCCCGAGCUGGUCUCGGUCGUUUCAAAGACGCAGUCGGUUUGCCUGGUUUGCGUUCACAUCAUCACAAGCAGUCUCGUGGCGGCUCAGAAUUGACCCACGAUGCGGCCUAUAAUCCACACAUUGACAGCGACAUGGAGGUAUCUAAAUCUAAAAGCGGCUCUGGUGUUGAAAUGGACAGAGAGACAGAAAAGCAUAACGAGCAUGAUGAGGAGGCGCUGACUGCCGUUGCUACUGAAAAUGGGGCCGACGUCAAGCCACCCGAAAUUCACAUCGAAUCUGCCCCGGCAGAAACGGAGCUAAGGGAGACUGAUCAGCUUGCAGAGCUGCAGCCCGUUCAAACGUUCGAUGACGAGUCGUCGGACAUUGAGCGUAUUAUGUCUCGCUCCACCGUGGCUUCAAGUGAUCAGGGGGACGAUCGAGAUGGGCCGGUAUCUGGACUAGCCUCAAUGGCCCUUCGGCGCCCGCAAAGCAGCGAGGAUCUGCGAACUCUGGACGGUGAUAAUGAGCGUCAAGAUGAACGGUGUCCGCGUCACCUUUCCUUCAGCAAUGUUGAAGAGGUGGUACUCAAUUGGAAGCAACUGGGAGGCCAGCUAGUAGUCGAAGACACCGACAAUCUCGAAGAAGCCAUUGACCAAGAAGACAUGCUUGCCUCGGAUGCUCGCAUAUUCAGUACUCGGAUACUAGACUUGAGUGAGCGUACUGUUCCCUGGGUCGAGCGGCAAGUGGAUUCGGUCGACAGUCUUAACAUGAAGCUCUACGAGCGCCACGAGGAGCUCAAUUCAGUCUACCUGGAACGUUUUGGGGAUUACCAGCGUCUGCGCGAACGAUCUAGCGACCUUCUAUCCGAUGAGCAAUCCUAUCUCAGCGACGGCGUGAAACGCGUCGAGCUACUCGGUGCCAAGCUGGAUUACGAGCUGCAUGUCCUCAAAUCCAAAGUUGAGGAUAUGGAAGAAGGCCUCACUGACUUUGAACGGCACAUUGUCAAUGUGGAAAUGCGGGUAAAGGCUCUUCUCCAAGGCGAGGAAGAGCACAGCAUUUCCUGGGUAACAUGGGUGCGGCGAUCUCUUGGCUUCGGAGCGUAA